UUAGUUAAUUGUAUUUGUAUUGCUCAAUUUUUCUUUACUUAAAUUUAACAUGAAAUUGUGGAGGAAGGAAGUUUUGUGAGACGAAAUGAUGCAGGGACCUACUGGAGUUGUGAUGUGUGUAAGAGUUGUAACGCGGCCACACUGUUAAGGGCUUUAUUUUAAAAAAGCACCACAGGAAACCCUUCUUCUUAUUCUCUCUGGCUUGUUUGACGCUGAUGUGAAGGUGCAGCACCCCCAUCAUUCUUAUUAGAACUGCUGCUGCUGGGGUCCUGCAACGCUCUCCUCCUCCUCCCACCUCCUACUUUUGAUGGGGGGUGCAGCGGUGUAGUCGUAGUGAUGUCAUUUUAAAAUGUGAGAGUCGGAGCCAAGGUGAGCUGGUUUUGCGGUGAGUGGUGUCCCCUCCACGACCAGCGUUGCCUGUACAGAGGCGCGGAGCGGCGAAAGAUGAUCAUCGCCACCGGCACCAAUUCAAGCUCCGACGCGCUCUUUCCCUCUCCUGCUCAGAUCUCGGGCUAUGGGGCCCUGAUCUGCCUUGAUCCCAUAUUAAGCCUUCACCACCACCAUGCCAAAGGACAAACAAUCAGAAGAGUUGCAUUUUUAGGGCAGGUAACUUUGACCACGUGCCCCAAAGGUAAACUGGAUGGCCGUUGCGCAAAGGUGCCUCUACAGUAUGUCCAGCGGGGCCAGGACGCACUGGACGCUGCCAGCAGUUCUUGUACUGUGGACUUCUCUCUGGGGGAUCGUUUCAUCUUAUCCGAUUCCGAGCAGGACUAAUGCGACUUUAUUGGAAAAGAAGUGGGAGACCCUCUUCUCCCGCUCCUAUCUGGGUAUAAAUGGGGGGAAAUCGGAGCUGAACUGGGAGAGUGACUAUUUGCAGGGCAUCAAAAGAGUGCGGCGACUGUACUGCAACGUGGGCAUUGGGUUUCACCUGCAGGUGCUCCCGGAUGGCAGGAUAAGCGGUGCACACAAUGAGAACCCAUACAGUCUAAUAGAGAUCUCCACCGUGGACCGAGGAGUGAUCAGCAUGUUCGGGGUGAGGAGUGGGCUGUUUGUCGCAAUGAACAGCAGGGGAAGGUUAUACGGAACGAAAGUCUUCGUGGAUGAGUGCAAGUUCAAGGAGACUUUGCUGCCCAACAACUACAACGCCUAUGAGUCUUUUGUUUACAAGGGCUUCUACAUCGCCCUCAGCAAGCAUGGCCGCGUUAAGAGAGGCAACAAGGCCACCCCCGCCAUGACCGUCACACAUUUCCUCCCGCGACUAUGAGAGAAACUGGCAAUAACUCAGUCAUUUGCACAUGUGGAUGUUCUUCCAGGUAAUAUAGAAACGCAUAGUCAUGAUAUACUGUACACACCGAUGGACUGCGAGAG